UGCCUGUUUCAUCUUAGCACACUGCAGACAUGCCAUCAGUGUGUGUUGUCACAGAGCUGCAGGGACUUGGCUUUGACCCAUGUCUCUUUGAGGCCAGAGGAUAGAUAUGUAGCCUGUCUGAGGCCCACUGACUUUCUGUGAUAACUGUUAUCCCCUUGGCAGCCAGAGGUGUGCGGUCAGCCCAGGAGAUCUAGGCAGGGUGGAUUGCAUGGGGCGGCCCCAAUUAGGACUUAGCUAUCUGGAUAUGAGUCUUUAUGCUUCCAGGCCAGGGAUUCUAGGCAGGGGUCACCAAUAGUGGCCAGAAAGAUUGAUUCCAGUUUGAUGGGUCUUCUAGUCCACUACCUCCCAAGAUUUGGCAGCUAUGCGUCAUGUACUAUGCCCACAGACCUGUCGCCCUCCCAUUCUCACUCCCUUCCUCCCAGCAGUGCCAGAAUGCUUUUAUUCUGGAAUCUCACUAAUCCUGCAAGGAGAGGAGUCUUGCUGAACCCACUCCCAAAGACCCUUAGAUGCAGUUCCUCUGUGCCAGGUCUUCUGGUCCCCUACAGGUCUCCAAGCCACUGUUCACCCCUCCUGGACUCAUCCUUUCUCCUCUGCUCUGGUACACACUCUGGCCUCAUCCCCAUCUUACCUUCCCUUGGAAUGGCAUCAUGAGGGUGCCAUUCUCAGUCUGCACAGCUGUGAAAUGCAGACAAACCCUCACUCUGAUAGCUCUUGGGAGCCCAUGGGAUUCAGGAGCAAAGGCAACUGUCAAACAGCAAGUGGGUACUCAAGUCAUACACAACCUUUUCUGCAUCUUGGACUGAAGCUCCUGGAGCUCUCAUGACCCCUUGACCUGGGUCUGAUGUCCUAUGCCAUCUCCCCACUUCAUUGAGCUCUUUCUCACCUGUGUGCUUGGCCCCUGCUAUGCCUCACUUCCUCUACCCUUCUCAAACCCACCCCUCCCAGUACCUAGCAUUGGUCAGUGGCCGACACUCCGGUGUUAUGGGAACAGUAACCAUAAUUACCUGCUUUCCCCUCUCUUGGGCCUUACAUUGCCCUCCCCUAAACUUCUGUGGUCAUGUUGAGCCUUGUCCUGUCAGGCUAGUCCUUCUCUUAAUCCUGAACAGGCUGAGUGUAAAAGUGCUCUCGAGCUCUUUGGGGCAAGAUGGUGGUGUGAACACAUGCAUUUCAUUUGGUUCAAAAACCCACUGAAGCUACAGAGAUGAAAGUGUUUAAAUAUAUGAACCCACAAGAAUGAGGAUGGUGAAACGGGUCCACAGCAAUGGCAUUCUGGAACUGGAAGCAGAUGCAGAUGUGGGAUCUAUCUCUGAUUUAGAGAAAGCCAAAUACUGAUUUGGCACUGGGGGAAGUGGAUUGAGGUCCCACCAGGCUUAUACUGCAGAACGCCAGAAGGCAUGCAAACCAGCAGCCCCCUGGGAGAGGAGACUUAAAACAAAGAUGACUUGGGGAGAGCUACCAAAGCUAUUAGAGCACCAGCUCUCCCCAUAGAGUGGAUGGUGGAAGAGUUAUUUCUGGGGAAUCCAUACAGUUCCAGAGAAACGAUCUAAGUCCUCCCCCCUCCCACACGCACACACACAAAACAGCUCAGUCUGAUGACAUAUAGAAGAGUUGACAGGCCCCAGCCAUGCAGACGCUCAGAGCUUCCAAUCAGUGUGUAAGACCACUGCUUUUCAUUGAGUGCUGGCAGCUAGGUAUUAGGUAUCACAAGAAAUCAAAACAGGCGUAUGCAAUUUAGGAUUGAAUGAGCCAUGGUUCAGCUACUUGAUUUCUGGAAGCGAAGCACCCCUUCCCACAGUGUGAUUCUUGCCUACUGAGAUAAACUGAAGAUAACUGGUACUAGUUGUGGUACCCAGUGUAAAAGGUUAGCAGCGUCCCAUAAGCUGGACAAAAACCUUCAUCCCUCACUUCGCAGUACUGACGUCUGAAAACAUGUCUGAGACUCUGAGGAUAUAAAUCAUGGGACAGUUUCCUCCUGUGUAAAUGAGUGCCCACCCUGGUCCUUGUUCUCGACGUCCUCACGGCGCUCAGCAGAGGUCGAACGAAGGACCCCAGCACCGUCCUCGCUGGAAUCCUUCCCGGGGUUGGCGGAGAAAGUCUACAGAUUAGGCCGGACUUCCGGGCCCGGACCCUGCUUCCUCCUGGGACCACCUGGAGGCGAGUCUCCGCCGAACUACACUACACAGGCCGUCACUUCCGGCCUCCCAGGAGGACCGGGCGACGCUCUGGCCGUUUCCUUGGAAACAGAGGGAGGCGGGCGGAUGUCCUCUAGCGGUUACCAAGGGGACUGCUCAGCGCCUAGAACGAAGCCUCAAGAGGAGCGCUGGGGAGGGGCCUAGGUGGGGUGCUGGCUCUGAAUGGCCGUAAGGUCACGCUCCUCCCCCCUCACCUCACUUGCCAAUAGGCGCCGGGUCCACUGUGCACAUGCGCAGGAUUCUAACAUACCGUCCAUCACGGCCGUUGGUCCCUCUUGUUGGCUACAAGAAGACACCCAGUACAACAAUGCCAUCCCCACUGGGCCCCCCACGCCUGCCCUCUGUGGACCCCAUGGCUAUCCUGGAGGAGCCUGAGGCAGCACGCCUGCGCUUCAGGGGAUUCUGCUACCAGGAGGUGGCGGGUCCCCGAGAGGCCCUGGCCCGGCUCCGGGAGCUGUGCCGCCAGUGGCUGCGGCCCGAGGCGCACUCCAAGGAGCAGAUGCUGGAGCUGCUGGUGCUGGAGCAGUUCCUGGGCACACUGCCUCCGGAGAUCCAGGCCUGGGUGCGGGGCCAGCGGCCAGGCAGCCCUGAGGAGGCUGUAGCCCUGGUCGAGGGCCUGCAGCAUGACCCUGGGCAGCUGCUGGGCUGGAUCACAGCCCAUAUCCUGAAGCAAGUGGUGCUCCCGGCAGCACAGAAGACAGAGGAGUCCUUGGGGAGCUCCCACCCUUCAGGGACAGUGGAGCUCCUCGGGGCGACCUCUGGGGAGGCCUCACAGGACACCCACAUGGAGAAGCCUGCCCAGCUUAGCUGCAGUGUGAAGGAGGAGCCAGAUGCUGAUGGGCAGGAGAUGGCACCUUCCAACCCCCCAAAUCCAGCCCAGUCCCGCGAGGGGCACCCUGGACACCGGGAACCAGCCUCCACGUCCUUCCACCCGCCCAGGAUUCAGCAGGGAUACCAGCCCCCCCGCCGGAGGCACGGGCUGAGUCGGGGCCAGGGGCCAUGCGUACAGGGACAGAGGGUCGAAGAAGCCUCCACCCAGGAGAUGAGAGUGAGAGCCACUGCGAGGGUCCGCCCCACUGCCCAGAGGCCCAGCCCCCCCGGGGCCCGGGGUCUGUCACCUGGGAGGGCCCGUCUGGGGCCUCUGUGUCUGCCAGGGCAAUGCUGGGAGCAGAGCUGGAGCCUGGUGCCCCGCGGAGGAAGCCUUACACCUGUGAGCUGUGUGGCCGAGGCUUUGACUGGAAAUCAGUCUUUGUCAUCCACCACCGGAUGCACGCAGAUGGGCAGGGUACACGGGCCCCGGUACUGGCCACCGGGGGUGCUCAGAAGCUGCCACAGGGUUCCCGGGAGCCAGGCACACCCCGGCACCCCCGGCGCGUGCUCCCAGGGCCCCGGAGCUAUGCAUGUGAGGAGUGUGGGCGCAGCUUCAGCUGGAAGUCGCAGCUGGUCAUCCACCGCAAGAGCCACGCGGGUCAGCGGCGCCACUUCUGUGGAGACUGCGGCCGUGGCUUCGACUGGAAGUCCCAGCUGGUCAUGCACAGGAAGAGCCACCGGCCCGAAGCCCCAUGAGUGGCUCGAGAAGGCGGCCUCAUCUUGGGGGCCUUGGAGCCUCCAGGGCCUGGACGCAGUUCCCGGGGCUCUGGUCCCAGCCUUCCCGGGGCUGCUCAGCCUCUGUCUGUGAAUCAGAGUUCCCAGGAGGGCCCCGUGCCCCAUGUCAGUCUCCCCAAAACAGCCACCUGGGUGUAAGUAAAAGAAGCUGCCCGGUGGGGCCUGGCUUGGAACCCACUGCCUAAGCCUGGUGACUUCCAAGCUCUGAGAUCCGCAGCUGUGACCUGAUGCAGGCUGACAGGCUAAGGACUCUCCCUACUCCUGGGACCUUAGUGGCCCCAGGUGGAUGCUCAGAAACUGCCCCUUUCCACCCUUCCUGAAGCUUCUGGGCCUGAUGUCUUGGUGUGGAAGGUGCUGAAAGCUCAGGAGAGCAUGCUUUGCUUCUGUUUGCAGGCAGAUGGAAAACUAAUGACCCUUCACAUUUGAGAUUUUUUAAAAAUCCCACUUUUAUAAUGGGAAGUUUCUGCAUAAGAAUUCUGAUCUCUGCUUUCUGCUGGUCAGAAUAUCAGCGGUGCCACUCUUGCCUGGCGGCUGGACCCACAAGAAGGGCCAGCAGUCCUGGCCACCUGGCCUCCUUUGUUCCUCGGCCACCAUGUCUUUCCUUGGUCUCUUUGGCCUUUGAGCUCUUGAGUCCCAGCUUGAGUGGACACUAAGGGGACUUCUUUGCAAGUAUGGAUGAACAAGGAGGGUGGCCUCUGAGGAAGGGCCCACAAACGGAUGUCACUGGGGCCAUGUGAUUUAAAAGUAGUCUGUGAUCACUUAGACAAAUUUGAAAUAUACAAGAGAGCAAAGGUAAGGGAAAUGACCCCGAGUUCCACUGUCUCAUGCCAGUGACUAUUCCAGGAGUCACACGUAGGGGCAUUUUAUAAAUCAUCUUGUGGAGUUACUGUAUAUAUCAUGCUCUUCUCACCCAUUUCCCUGUUACUAAAAAUGUAUUUUGAUGCCUGGGUAAAAAUUCCGUUUUCUGUCCAGCAGCGUCAUUUCCUACCAAGCCCAGAUAGUUCAUUGUUCCCCCUGUGGUACCCAGUGCAUCACCAGUGAUGCAUGCUCCCAGGCAUACACUUGGGGCGGGACUCUGCCUAUUUCCCUUAGACUCGGUCUCCCAAAGUAGGAUUGUUGCAUCUAGAGAGCAUGGGACUUUCGUUUUCUUUUUGCCUUGAAACAACACUGGAUUCCUUGAGCCAAUUCCAAGUCUUCCCCUCCCCCCACAACACCAAGCAGUUCUCCAACAGAAAAUAUUUUUUAGGGACGCCUGGGUGGCUCAGCCGGUUAAGCGUCUGCCUUCAGCUCAGGUCACGAUCCCAGGGUCCUGGGAUCAAGCCCCACAUCGGGCUCCACACUCAGUGGGGAGUCUGCUUCUCCCUCUCCCUCUGCCCCUCCUACCUGCUCUUGCUCGCUCUCUCUCCCUCUCUCUUUCUCUGUCUCAAAUAAAAUAAAUAAAUAAAAUCUUUAAAAAACAAAAGUUGAAGCAUGAGAAAGAUUUGAUGCACCACUGCAGGCUUUGAAGAUAGAGGGAGUCACACUGUGGCCUCUGGAAGGUAAGAACAACCCCUGGCUAACAGCCAGCAAAGAAACCGGAGACCUCAGUCCUACAACCACAAAGUAUUGCAAUCUGCCAACAACUUGAAUGGGCUUGGAAGCAGAUAAUUCCCAGGUCUUCCAGAUAAGAGCCUAGCCCAGCCAACGUUUUGAUUUCAGCUUUGCGAUACUCUGAGCAGACAACCCAGCCAAUGUCUCCCGGAUGUCUGACCUACAGAACGGUGAGCUAAUAAAUGGAUGUUUUAACUUUUAAGUUUGUGGCAAUUUGUUAAACAGCAUAGAAAACUCAAUACAACCAUGUAUUAUUAAUGGGUUUAGUACUGCUCAUGGCCAAAAAUAUAAAACUGGCCUGCAUCCAGUGAUGAAUUGGAGUGUGGAAUAAAACGGUGAUAGUGUUUUUCAAUAAAAUUUUUAAAAAUAAGAAACGAGGGGCACCUGGGUGGCUCAGUCGUUAAGCAUCUGCCUUCAGCUCAGGUCAUGAUCCCAGGUCCUGGGAUCGAGCCCUGCAUUGAGCUCCCUGCUCCCCAGGAAGCCUGCUUCUCCCUCUCCCACUCCCCCUGCUUGUGUUCCCUCUCUCGCUGUGUCUCUCUCUGUCAAAUAAAAUCUUAAAAAAAAAAAAAAAAAAAAGAAAUGAAGCAAAUAAUGACUUUGGAAAACCUUAGCAGUAUCUACUACAGCUAAAUCUAUGUAUACUCUUACCUGAGCAAUUCCACUCCUGGGUAUGCACCCAACAAAAAUGAAUGCUUGUUUCAGUUCAGGUCAUGAUCUCAGGGUUGUGAGAUGGAGCCCCAUGGUCGGGCUCCACGCUCAGCACAGAGUCGGCUUGUCCCUUUCCCUCUGCUCUUCCUCCUGCUCACUCGAUCACUCUGUCUCUCAUUCAAAUAAAAUCUUAAAAAAAAAAAAAGAAAUGAAUGCUUAUGAGCGCCAAAAGACAUGUACAGAAACAUUUAGAGCAACUAUUUAUAAAAGCGAAAAAAUCAGAAAACAGCCCAAGCCCACUGCAGUUAUCAAUGUAUUGCCUCUCUGCUCCAUAUCAUUACCUGUCUGCAUUAACGGGCUGGACCUUGUAGUCGGUUCUCCUUUGCAGUCAACAUAUUAAGCUUUGUCAGUAGAGGGCACUGGAGGGAAACUACAAGGUGCCUUCCUGUUUCUCUUCCACCUACUACCACAGCAGUGCUACAUGUGGAAGACUGCCCAGAGUAGGCAUUCUCGGCUAGCUCAAAGCCUUGGCCCGGCCUAGUAACCACCUCACCACGGUAUCCUCCUGAUGUGGAUACCAUGCACCCCAAGGUACCCUGCUAGCAGCUUCCCAAUGUCUCUUCCAACAGAUACAGCUGUAGGCCUUGUACCUGCGGCACCUGAACUCCCCCCGUGUACCCCCUUAGCGCCUUGGCCCACCACCACACCAAGGUGUUUCCUGCUUGGCUUGGGCAACCCAGAGAGUUUCUCUGCCACCCAGUAUGCUGCAAACACCCAUUCCCCAACAAAGUCUGAGCCCCAACCUUGAGGAGAGAGCUCCCACUUGAAAGUUUAUUCUUACUUUGGGCAUCUCUCAGCCCUAGGAUUUUAAGAGUUACUCCCCUAUUAUAGUUAAUAACUUUUAUUUGUUUAUUUUUAAGAUUUUAUUUGUCAGAGAGGGAGAGAGCAGAAGCAGCGGGAGCGGCAGGCAGAGGGAGAAGCAGGCUUCCCGCCGAGCAGGGAGCGCGAUGUGGGACUCGAUUCCAGGACACUGGGAUCACAACCUGAGCCGAAAGCAGCCGCUUAACCAACUGAGCCACCCGGGCACCCCUAUAGUUAAUAACUUUUUUUUAAAGAUUUUAUUUAUUUAUUUGAGAGAGAGAGAAUGAGAGACAGAGAGCACAAGAGGGAAGAGGGUCAGAGGGAGAAGCAGGCUCCUCGCUGAGCAGGGAGCCCGAUGCGGGACUCGAUCCCGGGACUCCAGGAUCAUGACCUGAGCCGAAGGGAGUCGCUUAACCAACUGAGCCACCCAGGCGCCCCUAUAGUUAAUAACUUUUUAAAAAAGAUUUAUUUCUAGGGGGUGCAUUGCUGUUUCUGUCAAAAAAAAAAUCUUUAGGGGCGCCUGGGUGGCUCAGUCAGUUGGGCGUCUGCUCUGAGGCACACUCUGCGUCUGAGGCUCCCUGCUCAGUGGGGAAUCUGCUUCUCUCUCUCUCCUUCUGCCCCUCCCUUGCCAGGAGGGGCCAGGUCUCCUUGUGAGGACAGUGGGCUGGACACACACUGUGCCCUAGAUCAGUGGACCCAAACACUCCUCGGGGCAUCAGCUUUGUUUUUGACUUUUAUUUUUUUAGAGAAAGAGAGCGCGCGCCCAUGUGGGGUUGGGGGAGGGGCAGAAGGAGAGGGAAAGAGAGUCUUUUUUUUUUUUUAAGACUUUAUUCAUUUAUUUAACGGAGAGAGACACACAGAGAGAGGGAACACAAGCAGGGGGAGUGGGAGAGGGAGAAGCAGGCUUCCCGCCGAGCAGGGAGCCCGAUGCGGGGCUCGAUCCCAGGACCCUGGGAUCAUGACCUGAACCGAAGGCAGACACCCAGUGACUGAGCCACCCAGGCUCCCCAGGGAAAGAGAGUCUUAAGCAGACUCUGUGCUGAGCAGAGCCCUAUUAAUUUUAAAGCCCGUACAUUUUAUUUAUUUAUUUUAAGAUUUUUUAUUUAUUUAUUUGACAGAGAGAGACUCAGUGAGAGAGGGAACACAAGUAGGGAGAGUGGGAGAGGGAGAAGCAGGCUUCCUGCCAAGCAGGGAGCCCGAUGCGGGGCUUUAUCCCAGGACCCUGGGACCAUGACCUGAGCUGCUUAACGACUGAGCCACCCAGGCGCCCCACCAUACAUUAAUUUUAAAGCAAGCUUCACAUCAUAUAAUAAACAUUGUUUCAGGUCACCUUAAAAUAGAUAACUUCUAAAUUAACAGAUGUUCAUCCACAUAAUCCUGUUUACCACCUGGAACCACACCUAGGAAGUCCCACCAACCCAUGCCCAUCACCAACUCCAAUUCCCCUCAAGUGGGCACCAUCUGUUGGGGAAUCGAGGGCUUUUUCUGGGGUCUGCACAGGCCACAGCCUCCUCCCACAAUGGCAGAUGCCUAUGGGUAGACCCCUCUCCUAAUGGGCCAUGGGUGCUCAAGGAGGCAGUUCAUUUUCACAGGAGCCUUGUGUUUUCCAUGGUCUCGGCGAUACCUAACACCAUCUGAACAAGUGUCUGGCCAUGUGUAUGUGCUCCAUCCCGCUUCCCACUCUGUGAAGGCCCCACCCACCCUGUCCUGCCCCUGCAGUAGUUUGCCAGGUCUGCCCAUCCUCUUCCCCAGCACUAAACACACCCUGGAGAUCUCCCCUCCUACCACAUCUGCUAUCCCUUCAAAUCCGCCCUCUCAAGCUAUGAUCAGAACUCCCCCCACCCUUCCCAGAAGGUCUCCCCACCCCAUUCCCUUCCCAGAAGUUUCUGCCUAGCCCACCCUUCCCAGAGGUGCCCCCCCACACUCUUCCUUAGAAGUUCCUCCCUAUGGGCCUCCUGCCAUCCAACCUCCCACAGCGAGACCCGGCCCAUGGCUCCAACCCAUGAGGCUCUGCUUGGCCUUGCUUGGAUAGGUGGCAUGUCUCACCAAUUUCAGAAACCAUGAAAGAGUGAGAAAAUAUUGGGAAGAAAAAUUUUUUCUUUUUGAAGACUUCUGGCUUCAUUUUAUACUACUUUGGCAUGGACUGUAUUUAUUUUCAAAAUGGCUUUUUUUGUUUUUGUUUUUCUUGGCAAGUUUUAUUGUGAGUUUUCUAAUUAUGAAGCGAAAUUUCUUUUCUCCACCAUGCUUUAUGUGAUAGUAUUUAAAAUUGAUGUGAGUUAUUAUGUCAAAAACUGAUCUAUUAAAGAAGUAAUUGGCCUUUCUGAGCUGAUUUUCCAUCUUUUGUAAUUAUCUUUAUUAAAAAAUUGUACUUGGAAAAAAAAA